UUGGAGUUUGGUUAUAUAUUGAUGCAACAUGGGCCCCAUGUGUUUAAGAAGGUAAAAUCAAAUGCUUAGAUUUUUGUCGCAUAAAGUUACAGUUUUUAUUACAUCUCGUGUCUACUCCACAAGUAGCCAUGUUGGUUCCACUGCUUCUUCGAACUCAUGGACCACCGUAGUCUCUGCUCUGGCUCAGUCCGGUGGUACUGGCGCGUUACACGCUGCUGUCGAGUUGCUCAACCACGGCGACAAGCCAGAUGAUGCUUCUUCUGCGCUGGUUCACUUGCUCCGCGUCUCCGGAAACCAUGGCUACGUUUCUUUGUGCCGGCAGCUUCACGGGUACAUCGUGAAACAUGGGUUUGUCUCAGAAACGCGUCUUUCCAACUCCCUGAUGAGAUUUUACAAGACGAGUGACUCGCUGGAAAAUGCUCACAAACUGUUCGACGAAAUGCCUGAACCAGAUGUCAUCUCUUGGAACUCGUUGGUUUCUGGUUACGUUCAAUCCGGAAGGUUGCAGGAAGGACUCUGUUUGUUUCUCGACCUUGAGAGAUCUAAUGUUUUCCCUAACGAGUUCUCUUUUACAGCCGCUUUAGCUGCUUGUGCUCGGCUGAAAAUCUCGUGGCUUGGAGCCUGUAUCCACUCGAAGAUUGUGAAACUCGGCAUGGAGAAAGGCAAUGUUGUGGUGGGUAAUUGUCUGAUCGACAUGUAUGGCAAGUGUGGUUACAUGGAUGAUGCAGUGUUAGUGUUUCAACACAUGGAAGAAAAAGACACUGUUUCUUGGAAUGCUAUCGUUGCUUCCUGCUCAAGGAACCGUAAGCUCGAGCUGGGACUUUGGUUUUUCCAUCAGAUGCCAAAUCCAGACACUGUAACAUACAACGAGCUCAUAGACGCUUUUGUCAAGUGUGGAGAUUUCAACAGUGCUUUUCAGAUUCUGUCGUGUAUGCCAAACCCUAAUUCAUCUUCAUGGAACACAAUAUUGACAGGGUAUGUCAACAGUGAGCAAUCAAGAGAAGCUACUCAGUUUUUCACCAAAAUGCACUCGUCCGGGGUCAGAUUCGACGAGUACAGCUUGUCAAUAGUUCUGGCAGUCAUUGCUGUUCUCGCUGUGGUUCCAUGGGGAAGUCUCAUCCAUUCUUGUGGUCUCAAGCUUGGUCUAGACUCUAGAGUUGUUGUCGCGAGUGCUCUGAUAGAUAUGUAUUCUAAAUGCGGAAUGUUGAAGCAAGCUGAGCUGAUGUUUUGGACGAUGCCUAGAAAGAACCUGAUUGCUUGGAAUGCUAUGAUCUAUGGUUACGCUCGUAAUGGCGAUUCAACCGAGGCUAUCAACCUCUUCCACCAGUUGAAACAAGAAAGAUUCUUAAAACCUGAUGGAAUCACAUUCUUGAAUCUCUUAGCUGUGUGUUCUCAUUGUGAAGUUCCAAUGGAGCUCACGCUUGGCUACUUUGAGAUGAUGGUUAACGAGUAUGGGAUCAAACCACGUGUAGAGCAUUGUUGUUCCCUUAUCAGAGCUAUGGCGCAGAGAGGAGAUAUUUGGCAGGCGAAGAAGGUGGUUCAAGAAUUCGGUUUUGGGUUUGAUGGUGUAGCUUGGAGGGCGUUGCUUGGUGCUUGCAGUGCUGGAAAGGAUCUGAAAGCGGCAAAAGCUGUGGCCGCUAAGAUGGUUGUGUUAGGGGACGUUGAUGAAGAUGAGUACGUAUAUAUAGUGAUGUCGAAUCUGUAUGCUUACCAUGAGAUAUGGAGAGAGGUUAGUCAAAUUAGGAAGAUUAUGAGAGAGAAGGGGGUGGAGAAAGAAGUUGGCUCUAGCUGGAUUCAAGAGCAAAAUGUUGCAAUACAACUCUAGUAUUUUUUGAGUUUUGAGCUUUUGGUUACGUAAACACAAUGUUAAACUAGUUAUGGAAUCAAACAUGGCUAGAAACUGAGGAGAAAUAGUAUUACAUAAUUUUAUUCAUGAAUUUUAAAACAA